UGUCGUUUUGCCAUGGAAACAGGAGGGCGAGGCCAAUUUUUACUAUGUUGUAAAACUUGUCAGUGUCCACUUUCUGCUAAUCUUACCUCUGUGGAAACUUUUGGCGAUGGUGGACGUAGUUGCUGAUUUGAGCAGUUUUUCUUUUGAGACUGGACUGACUGAAGAUGAGAAAGAGUUACUUUACCUUCGUGCACGUUCGGCUGGACUGACAUUUUGCGGGUGCGCGCACGCAGUUUUCCUGUGUAAACUCGUCCACUCACUGAGAUGUAUCAUCAAAAGUCACACUGCAAACAGAGACUCAUCAGGAGAAGACAGCGAACUCUGCGUUGGGAUACUUGGGUUGGGUCACAUGGGGAAACAGUUGCUGCUCUCCCUCCUUGAAAAGUCUGGCAUCAAACCAUCACACAUUAAGAUAUCCAGUAGAAGACCAGAAUCUGCAGUGGAAUUCAUCCAGACAGGCGUUGAAUGUUUCUUCGACAAUCGCAGACUGGCAGCGUGGGCAGACAUCCUGUUCCUCUGCUGUCUGCCCUCUCACCUCCCCAAAGUCUGUGCUGAUCUCCGCUCUCACCUGUCAAAGCGUUGCCUUGUGUACAGCUUCACCUCUGUUGUGCGCGUCACCAGGUACCACCACACUCAUACACACACAGCAUUGUUGUUUGCUGAUUUCCAGUCACCAAAUCCCUCUCUUUUGAGCUUUCAUUCCAGAUUGGCGCAGCUUCUUGGACACGACUUCAUUCUCAAACCACAGUAUGACUUUGUCGCUUGUGACGCUGCAGAUGUGUGGCUGUCCUGCACUCAUCUGACCACUGCUUUGACGGAUCCUUUGCUGAUUGAGGCAUCGUGUCCUCUUACAAUGAGCGGUGGCAUUUCUCUGGGUCUGAACUGGGUGUGUGCAGUGUUGUACAGCCUGCUAAAUAUCUGCACCUCUGCUGCUCUGGGAUCCACUGAUGCUCUCUCUCUGAUCAACAGCGUCCUUAAAGAGAAACGGCCACACACUGUGGAAUUAAAUGCACAGAGUUUCAUCAGUGCAUCUUAUGCAUCUUUCCUUCUUACAGAGGAGCCUUUUCCCUGGAUUUCUCUCACUGAUGCCCAGACCAAGGAGACACCGCUGCUGUGCUUUCUAUCAAGCAGCAAAUCAAUGCAACAGUGCAUCUUUGCAGCAUACAAAUCACUGGUAGAGACACCAGCAAAAUUAGAAAGUUAGACUCUAAUGUAAAACUCAACUGUAUAUCCACUACAGAUGUAAAAUUAAAGGUUGUGUUCCUUAUGUUGCACAUUGAGUUUUGAAAAUUAUAAUGUAAUAUGUGCAAGGUUACAUUUGAAUAUAUAGGACUCAACAGUGUAUUUUGUGAUACCUGAAGAUAUUGUGUUUUUAAUAUUUUGGUUUGUCAUACAUAAUCUGUAUGGUAAAUAUGUUGGGGGGGAGCAGCAAUAAUCGGUAUCUUCUGCAAUAUAUUGCCAAUUAAUUAAUUAAAAAUGUUCAUGAAAA